AUGGCGGCUCUGGUAGAAGGCCAGAAUUAUGGGCUCUCUUCACGAAACGCCGCUUCUGGCUCGAAAAGUGUCAUCCAGUUAAAGCUAACAGAUUCUUCGUUAAAAGCUUUUGAAGAAUUUGGUAAAAUUAAGGAUGGAACCAGUCGAAGACCAACCAUACAGUUCCAGGGAAGUCAAGGGCAUAUCAAAAUUCCGGCCAAGAAGUCCUCUGAUGAUCCUGAAGGGAUGCGAUCAUUCCACUUCACACUCUCAGCUUUCCAGGGGGAUCUCAAUGGCAGCCUGGAAUGUGUGCAACAGAACAAUUCCAGGUUUGGCCGAGCCACCAUGGAUCUGCUUGGCAGCAUGUCUCACAAGGUUGUGGUACAUGCCACAGACGAUGUCUACAAAACCACUCGCCAGCGCAUGACCCAAGCUGAAGAGGAGAGUAAGAAAGUCUGUACCAAGGUGAUCAAAAUUAGUGGGCAAAAAAUCAGUCACAGAAGCAAAAAGGUGAUACGGGAUGGCUCUUUACACGUGCCUACUCAUGGCUCAAAGUCUGCGAGCAGUGGACAGCAUAGCAGUGUUGGCCAUAAAUACAGCCACAGCAGUGGAAGCCAUUUUAGUGCAAUAAACAGGAGUGUGAAACCCCUCUCGUCCAAUCAGAACAUCAGCAACAGUACGUCAAACCAUGCCAGCCGCCCACUGGUCAACUCUCAUUCUUCCAACCAAGGCCUGCCCUCUUCCAUGUCAUCAUCGUCAAACUCGCAUUCCAGUGUGCCACCCUCAUCGGGAAAUGCCGGCACACUCAUGGGGUCUUCAAUGCCAAGGUCACACAACCAUUCCUCCAGUCCUCUGGGGCAACGCCCUGCCCAAUCGCCCUCACCUGUGAUGAACUACCCAUAUAGAGAUAGAAUUAUUCAUUUAUUAGCUGUUCGCCCUUACAAGAAGCCAGAGUUAUUACUUAGGUUAAGCAAAGAUGGUGUUAAGGAGAAAGACAAGAAGUCCCUGAGUACAAUAUUACAACAAGUAGCCACGUUUAGUGCCAAGGACAACAGGUUUACCCUCUCCAGACAUGCUUUUUCAGAAGUCAAGGUCGACUGGCCUUUUUAUUCCGAAGCUGAUCGGAUGCUAGUCAAAAGAAAAGUGGCCGACGUGCGGAAUGCGUCCGUAUCACCGGCCUCCUCGCCUGCCAACAGCAACCCUGAGAGUCCCUCCAAUUCUCAGAAACGGCCAAGUGAGAAUUACUCCAAUCCUCAGCCCUCCAAGAAACAGAGGAUCUCACAUUAUGUGAGGAAGGAGAAUAAAGAUAUCUACAGGAGCCAUCAGCCAGAAAAACAGUCCCCAACAUCCACCACUUCGCCUGAAUCUAGUCUCUCUAUCAAAUCCAGGGCUGAAGAGUGCAAUGUUGUGGCCCAUUCUACGUCAGAAACUCCAGAGUAUCAAAUCAAGUACAAGAGAAUAUCUGACAAAGACCAACGGCAGAAAUACAAGCAAGAUUUUAACAGGGAGUACGAGGAGUAUAUGGUGUUACACAGCAAUAUUGACAAGGUGACGAAGACCUUUGCAUCUUUGGAAGAGAAGAUGAAAAGGACUGAGCAGGGCACAGAUGAGCAUGAGAAUCUUAAGAACAUGAUAUUAAAAGAGUACAGGAGUCGUAAGAGUGAUCAGAAGUAUGUGGAACAGAAGAAGAGAUUUGACUACCUGCACAAGAAACUGGGCCAUAUAAAACAGCUUAUUGUAGAAUAUGAUCAGGCACAGCUGGCUGCAUAACAGCCGUAAAUCACCCUGCCUCUUACUCUCUUUUCCAGAAGUAUUUACGAUGGUGUCAUCAAGUUGAAAUCAUGUGCUUUUUAUGUGGUCAUGUUGCAUGCGCCAUGCUGGUUCUGCUCGCCGUUGUGAGAGAUCCAAUUUCCAGCUGCUGAUAUUGUAAACUGUGUGAGGAGUGUGAUAAAAUUGAAUCCAUUUUUCUCUGGAAAAACUCCAAGGACCAAAUUCACUAGCUGGUUUAUGGUAAUGUACAAAAUAGAUUCUGUAUUACGCCCUGUAAGACUACAUGAACAUUUACGUAUUUCAUAAUGGAAGUCCAGACUUAUGUGAUAGGAUUAUUUAUUAUAAGUCAUAUAGGUUACAAAACAAGUCUGAAUUUACAUGAUGGCUAGGAUUGGUUUGUGAACAUCCUCUCCCCUCCACAUAUGAUCUGUAGUCACAUGUCAUUCCAUGCCUUACAUCAGUG